AUGUUUCCCUGUAGGGCUCUGUUGGUUUUGCUCGCUCUUUACUUGCUCGCAGUCGCUGCGUCCCCCGUUCACCGAACACCCGGUGGUAUCAGCAAGGUCACGCUCAACUUCAUUGCCAGGCUAAAUGCGACAGGCAUAUCCAACAUCGCUGACGCAGACCGUGUUCGUAUCAAAUCCAUGCGAGAGAAGACGGUGUCUCCCAGAAAACGAGAUGCUUCUGUCAGCGUCACAAAUUCCGUAGUACUGUACGUUGCCCAGGUUGGCAUCGGAAGCCCACCGACAGAAUACACACUGCUGGUUGAUACAGGAAGUUCCAAUACGUGGAUCGGCGCGAAUCAACCCUACACUCCCACGAGCACUAGCCACUAUACGGGCAACACCGUUUCCGUAUCAUACGGUUCCGGAAAUUUUUCUGGGGGAGAAUACAUAGACACAGUAUCGCUCGGAAAUGGCCUUACCAUCAACCAGCAAUCCAUUGGUGUCGCCACCCGGUCCCAGGGUCUUAGCGGUACUGGUAUCGAUGGCAUCCUUGGCCUCGGUCCUGCAGACCUCACCCAAGGCACCGUCUCCAAUACGAACACCGUACCCACCGUGGUUGACAAUCUAUACAGCCAGGGGACUAUCAGCAGUGCUGUGCUGGGGGUCUACUUCAUCCCGGCCGCUAAUUCCAACUCAGGCGAGCUCACAUUUGGUGGCUACGACCCAUCUGUUGUCACCGGCACCGUAAAUUACGUGCCGAUCACAAAUACAUAUUCGUCAGCCUUCUUCUGGGGAAUUGAUCAGUCGAUCACGUAUGGCGGAAAGACGAUCUUACCCAGCACGGCUGGUAUUGUUGACACUGGCACUACUCUGAUCCUUAUUGCUACUGACGCAUUCCAGACAUACCAGUCGGCAACCGGUGGCGUCAUGGAUAAUGCCACCGGGCUAUUGCGCAUCACGCAAUCACAAUACAACAACCUCCAAACGCUGAGCUUCCACAUUGGAACGCAGACCUACGACCUCAUCCCCAACGUGCAGAUAUGGCCUCGGUCCCUCAACACUGCAAUUGGCGGGAGUAGCGGUAGCAUUUAUCUUGUUGUCGGUGACAUCGGAGCUCCAUCCGGAUCUGGCAUGGACUUCGCGAACGGAUAUGCUUUCUUGGAACGCUAUUAUAGCAUUUAUGACACGACCGGCGCCCGCGUCGGAUUCGCAGCCACCAGAUAUACUGAUUCCGAAAGCAACUAG